AUGGAGUACCACCCUCCAGCAGCGCAGCACAUGGUGCUCUGCGCCGACUGCGGAACCCCGAUCACGCCCAACAACGCCAACCUCUGUCUCUCGUGCCUGCGCAACUCGGUCGACAUCACCGAGUCCGUCCCCAAACAGGCCACGGUCAACUUCUGCCGCAACUGCGAGCGCUACCUCAACCCGCCUCAGUCGUGGGUACCUGCGCGGCUCGAAUCGCGCGAGCUCCUCGCCAUCUGUCUCAAGAAGCUCAAGGGCUUGAACAAGGUUCGGCUCAUCGAUGCGGGUUUCAUCUGGACCGAGCCGCACUCGAAGCGUCUGCGCGUCAAGCUGACGGUCCAGAAGGAAGUGUUCACGUCGACCAUCCUGCAGCAGAUAUUCGAGGUCGAGUUCGUCGUUCAGUACGGUCAGUGUCCCGAUUGCACGCGUCUCGCUGCCAAGAACACCUGGCGUGCCAUGGUCCAGGUGCGCCAAAAGGUGCCGCACAAACGCACCUUCCUCUACCUCGAACAGCUCAUCCUCAAACACAACGCACACCAGAACACCGUCUCGAUUAACGAGAAGAAGGAUGGGCUGGACUUUUUCUACACCCAGCGCGCACAUGCGAUCAAGAUGGUCGAGUUUCUCAACUCGGUCGUGCCGAUCAAGACGACCAAGUCCGAACAGGUGAUUUCGAUGGACGUCCACACGUCGACGACCAACUACAAGUUUACGUACAGUGUAGAGAUCGCGCCGAUCUGCAAGGAUGACCUGGUGUGUUUGCCGCCCAAGAUGGCCAAGCAGCUCGGCAACAUCGGUCAGCUGGUGCUGUGCAACAAGGUAACCAACUCGUUGCGAUUCAUCGAUCCGAUCAGUCUGCAACUGGCCGAAGUGCCCGCAGAGAAGUACUGGCGGGACCCGCAACCUGCGUUGGCGACGAUUCCGGAAAUGAUCGAGUUCCUCGUGCUCGACAUCGAACCCACCGGCCGCUACGCAACCAACUCGCACGGUGUCGAGAACCGUCGUCUCGAAGAGGCAGAUGCGCAAGUCUCGCCAUUGAACGCAACAUCCUUUGGUGAGGCGGAUGCGGUCUACCACACCCGAACCCACCUGGGGGCAAUCCUCCAACCCGGCGACACCGUCAUGGGCUACUACCUUCGCGUGGCCAACUUCAACUCUGCUACGUGGGACACCAUCCCCGCCGACCGCAUGCCGGAUGUGGUUCUGGUGAAGAAGAGCUAUCCUGAACGCAAGAAGCGAUCCAAGAACCGAAUGUGGAAGCUCAAGUCCAUGGCGAAGGAAGCGGAGGAUCCGACGACGGAGGGUGCGGUGGGUCGCGGUGCCGUCGGCCGACGCGGUGGGUUGGACUCUCAGAGGGUGGAGCGAGACUACGAAUUGUUCCUGCGCGAGCUCGAGGAGGACGAGGAGAUGCGUGGUACCGUCAACCUGUAUAGGGAUGCCAAGAAGGAGGAGGAGAAGAAGGCGAGGAAGGAGAGGGCAGAGCAGAUCAAGGCCGAGCGCGAGGCGGCUGCGGCGAACGGCAUGGUCGAGGAUGGCGACGAGGACGAUGGUAUGACCACCGAUGGCGAGAGCGAGUGGGGCGACGAUGAUGCGCCGAGGGUCGGACUGGAUGAGUUGUUGGACGAUUUGGAGGAUAUGGCCAUUGAGGAUUGA